GCCCCACGCAGGCGCGGCGCUGCCCUCCCCGUCGGGGCGGCGCUUGGGGCUGGAGCGCUGCGGGCAUCGGAGCUCCGGGAGCGGCUGCAGCGGAGCGGUGGGAUAUCGGAGCUCCGGCAGCUCGAAGAGUCGGUAGGAAAGGAUGUUUUCCUCAGUGAAGCCCUAUGAGAACCAGCGCUACGCUGCCCUGAAGAAGGAAUGCCUGAGGAAAAAGCAGCUCUUUGAGGACCCUCUUUUCCCCGCCAACGAUGACUCACUCUUCUACAAGUCAAGGAUCCAGGGCAUUCAGUGGAAGAGGCCAAAAGAAAUCUGUGCCGAUCCCCAUCUCUUUGUGGACGGGAUCAGUUCCCAUGAUUUACACCAGGGCCAGGUUGGGAACUGCUGGUUUGUGGCUGCCUGCUCCUCCCUGGCAUCCCGCGAGGCCCUGUGGCAGAAGGUCAUCCCAGACUGGAAGGAGCAGGAGUGGAAUGCGGAGAAGCCUGAGAGCUAUGCAGGGAUCUUCCACUUCCAAUUCUGGCGUUUUGGUCAGUGGCUGGAUGUUGUAAUAGAUGACCGCCUGCCCACGCUUCACAACCAGCUCAUCUACUGCCACUCCAACUCCAAGAAUGAGUUCUGGUGUGCCUUGGUGGAGAAGGCUUAUGCCAAGUUGUCAGGGUGCUACGAGGCCCUGGAUGGAGGCAACACAGCUGAUGCUCUGGUAGACUUUACUGGUGGAGUCUCUGAACCUAUUGACCUGACUGAAGGGGACUACACCACCGAUGAAGCCAAACGAAACCUGCUCUUUGAGCGUGUGUUGAAAGUGCACAACCGUGGAGGCCUCAUCAGCUGCUCCAUCAAAGCUACGUCAGCAGCAGACAUGGAGGCCCGCCUGGCCUGUGGGCUGGUGAAGGGCCAUGCAUACGCCGUGACUGACGUGAGAAAGGUCCGUCUGGGCCAUGGCCUGCUGUCUUUCUUCAAGUCAGAGAAGCUGGACAUGAUCCGCAUGCGCAACCCAUGGGGUGAACGAGAGUGGAAUGGCCCUUGGAGUGACACUUCUGAAGAGUGGCAGAAAGUGAGCAAAAGUGAAAGAGAGAAGAUGGGGAUGACAGUAGAAGAUGAUGGUGAAUUCUGGAUGACCUUUGAAGAUUUCUGUAGAUACUUCACAGACAUCAUCAAGUGCCGUCUCAUCAACACAUCCUACCUCAGCAUCCAUAAGACCUGGGAGGAGGCAGUGCUACACGGGGCAUGGACCAGAAGUGAUGAUCCCUUGAAGAACCGCAGUGGAGGCUGUAUCAACCACAAGGACACCUUUUUGCAGAAUCCCCAAUAUGUAUUUGAUGUGAAGAAGGCAGAAGAUGAAGUGCUGAUCUCCAUCCAGCAGAAGCCAAAAAGGACCAGUCGCAAAGAGGGCAAAGGAGAGAACUUAGCCAUAGGCUUUGAUAUCCAUAAGGUGGAGCUGAACAGGAACUACCGGAUGCACACCCUGCAGCAGAAGGUGGCCAGCUCCAUUUACAUCAACUCCCGCAGCGUCUUCCUGAGGACAGACCUGAAGGAAGGCCGCUAUGUCAUCAUUCCCACCACUUUUGACCCUGGUCAUGUAGGCGAGUUUCUUCUCAGGAUUUUCACAGAUGUGCCUUCAGAUUGCCGAGAGCUGACACUGGAUGAGCCACCACACACCUGCUGGAGUGGGAUGUGCGGGUACCCUCAAGUGGUGUCCCAGGUCCACGUCCUCGCCGCAGCUGGCCUCAAGAAUCAGGACUCCCAAGGAGGAGCUGACCCAUAUGUGAUAAUAAAGUGCGAAGGGCAAAAGGUUCGUUCUGCAGUGAAGAAAGACACAGUGUCACCAGAGUUUGAUGUGAAAGGCCUCUUCUACCGCAAGAAGCCAGGAAAACCCAUCAUUGUUCAGAUCUGGAACCACAACUUGAUAAGCGAUGAGUUCUUGGGUCAAGUGGCACUCAAGGGAGAUCCCAGCGACCAGCAGACCGUGCACACACUGCACCUCCAGGACAGAGGGAACAGAAAAUCAAAUGAUCUGCCUGGAACCAUUGCUGUGAGGAUGCUCAGCAGUAACAUCCUCACCAACGUCUGAGUACUCAAGGACUCUCCUCUAGUGCCACAUAUGUAUAUAUAUGCAUAUAUACAUACACACACAUAUAUAUAUACACACAGCCUAUCUACCACCUGCAA